AUGACAUACCAACCCAGGCCUCUCAUGCCUACUCGCUACCUACCCUCACCUACAUCAUCCCCUUCCAAGCUUGAAAUCAAGUCGAAUACCGACUUUAAAAUCCCCCCUCUACCGCGCUACCGGCUCAUGACCCCCUCAACCUCGACGGUGGCCGCCAGCUCGUCCCCUAUCCGCUCUUCCCCCAUCCGUCGCGAGCCCAUACGCGAGGUCUACCUCCAAUCUGACAAGAUCACCGUCCUCGGCCGUCACAAAUCACAUCCUACCUCCUCCCUUCCCCCUUCCAUCCACGACCUCCUCAUCGACCCAUCUCGACGCGUCGAAUCGGUCCAUCUCCCUCGGUCUGCCUCGCACGCGUCCAGAAUACACUGCGCUGUCGAGGUAACGGAAAACGGCAUCCGCAUCGCGGUCGUUGGACAGAAUGGCGUACGCGUCAAGCAGGCGGGGCGGAAAGUCCGGAUGAAGAAGGGCGAAUGUCGCGUGUUUGACCGCGAGGUCGAAGUCGACUUUUAUGGGUGCAAGGUCCGCUUGGUCUCUAUCGCGCCCUCCCGGUCAACACUAUCGCCAGCACCAUCUGUACCCGUCGCGGCGGUCGAGUCUAUUCCCCACUCACCCGCGGCCGACCCGGAAGUCCCACCACCACCAGUAGACCUACCCGCCCUUCUCGCGUCUACGGUCGUCUUCUCCGGAUCCAGCAAGCUCUCCCUCCCUGAUCUCGUCAAGCACAUGCUAGAGGCACAACCUAGCCUAAAAGAACACGGCACCGAAGCUCAAUGGUCGGUCUGGGCAUCAGCCGAGCUGGAGGGGAACCAGAUGUUUGGAAAGGUCCAACGCUCGGGCAAGGACUCCUCAGGUCACCCCCUCCUCCCCCACUACUUCUACGUUCCGGAUGCGGACCCAGACACGUCGAGGGCGAAGCAGCUCGGCGGGCUUGUCAGACCGUUGCGGGCGGCGCAGAGGGCAGGGGGAAAGGCUAUUGAUUGGAGACCGGUAGGGAGCGGGAGGCGGAGGUACUAG